AUGUGUCAACGUCUCGCACCCCACAACAAUUUUGCGCCAACAAGAGCUAUACAUGUUGGAUCUGCAGGAGAGAAAGUGUGUCUUUGUGAUGACGUCGAGACGAUUGCUGGAGCCGCCUACACUGUACUCUCACACUGCUGGGGAAAGAAUCCGCAGCAGAUCAAGCUGACAAAGCAAACGGAGGAGACACUCAAGCAAGGAAUCGCCUUGUCUUCUCUGCCGAAAACCUUUCAGGAAGCCAUUGCAAUCACACGAAUGUUCCAAAUCCGGUGCAUCUUCCAGGAUGAUUUAGACGACUGGGCUGCAGAAGCUUCUCGCAUGCGCGAUAUCUAUAGCAAGGCUGACUUCUGUAUUGCAGCUACCGGUGCUGAAUCUGGAGAUGUUGGUCUUUUUUUUGAUCGUGAUUUCGAGCUACUCACACCGGUCAUAGUCGAGGCUACGUGGUCAAGCAAAGACGACUCAUCCGACUUGCCAACGCCAGUUUCAUACCUGUUCGGCAUUCAUCAACGUUCAGCAGAUACAGCAAUUGAUUCUGCGCCUUUGAAUCAAAGGGCAUGGGUUGCUCAAGAACGUUUUCUCUCCCCACGAACUUUGCAUUUUACGCGAUCUUUGCUUUUCUGGGAAUGUCACACAUCUCUCAAAAGUGAAAACGACAUAACGCCAGAAAGUAAGCAACGCAGCAGGUUGAAUGCACUUAGAGUGUCGCUCAACGACAAUCGAUGGCAAGAACCUGGCGUUGAGCCCAUACAAGACAUCGCCCUUCACAACACUAUCAAUGAUACCAAUAUGGAAAUGAUAAGAGAAGUCUACAGAAUGUGGGAUGGAUUUUUGACCCUCUACACUUCAUGCAAGAUCACCAAAGAGUCAGAUGUUCUAGUUGCACUAGUUGGCGUAGCAAACGAGGUUGGACAUGCUGUGAGUGACAAACUGGUUGCUGGGCUCUGGAAAGCAAAUUUCAUCAAAGAGCUGUGUUGGAGAUCACGCAGCAACCACAACUCGAGGCCUAGCGUAUGGCGCGCGCCAACUUGGAGUUGGGCGAGCGUGUCAGGUAGGAUCUCAAGUCCUCCAUUCGAAUAUUCCACCAAUGUAUGCGAUAUGGCAGCAGUUAUCGAACUCUCUGUUUUGACAAAGCCUUCCGGAGAAGUCGAGCAAGGUUCAGUGCUUGUGAAAUGCAGACCUGUUCCAGGCACUAUUCACCAUGGCGGAACAGAAUACUAUUAUACCGGGUUCACCUUCGACAGAAGUAUCUCAAGUUCUCAUUCAGCAGAAUCUAGUAUUCCUCGAGAGUAUGGGUCGGUGCAAGUUCUGCUUGAUGUUCUAGAUGCGCCUUGUUACAACGCUGAUCAAGUGAUCGACGCUCAACUGCUUGUGCUCUUGAGAGGGGAACUCAGCUCCAUGUAUUCGAUGGAACCUCAGGGACCGUUUGAACUGAAAGGAAUUCUUGUAGUGGAGUCCGAGAACCAUGCGGGUGCUUUUGAAAGGGCUGGGUUUUUCGAAGUGUUGAAUGGAGCUGCGGAGUCAGUGCUGGCAGCGUACGACCAAGCUCGCGUUCAAAACAUCUUGCUUGUUUAUAUGAGGUUUGACACACUCCUGCUUGGAGGCCUCUGCGCCAUAUCGAAUUUUCCAUACGCCUCAUCAGCACCGCGCUCUGCUCGCUCUACUCAACAUGUCCCGGAAGUCAAGAAUCGCAUAUUCGUUCUAACAGACAUUGGUAACGAACCCGACGACUCAAUGUCUCUGGUCCGGCUACUCGUGCAUUCCAACCUCUACCAGAUCGAAGGCUUAGUAGCAAUAACUUCAUUCUGGCUUCCCAAUGCUACGCUUCCCAAUAUGAUCCACGACAUCGUAGACGCAUACGGAGCCGUUCAGUCAAACCUGCAAUCGCACAGCAACACCUCCUUCCCAACAGUCGACGACUUGAAAAGCAAGAUUGGCACCGGACCCUCCGUCUACGGCAUGCAAGCCUUACAUCAACUGGAAAAAGGAGCGAAUAUCACAACCGGCACCCAAAUGUUGAUUAACGCCGUCGACGCUUCCCCCUCACCACUAUACGUACAGCUCUGGGGCGGAGCCAACACCCUCGCCUCCGCGCUCUGGACCGUAAACCGCACUCGCUCAGCCUCAGAACUAGAGACGUUUACCUCCAAGCUCCGUGCCUACGCCAUCUCAGACCAAGACGACACAGGCCCUUGGAUUCGCCGUAACUUCCCUAGUAUGCGGUACAUUGCCUCGCGCCAUGGAUUCAACCAAUACCCAGUCGCAGCGUGGGUCGGUAUAAGUUCCACAUCCGUAGAUCCAGGGGGUCCAAACAACGACAUCGUGUCGCAGGCGUGGCUCACAGAGAACAUCCAGAUUGGCGAGCUAGGCAAAAAAUAUCCCGACAUCGCGUAUGUGAUGGAAGGUGACUCGCCCAGUCUGCUUUACCAUAUUCCCAACGGCCUGGGAAACCCCGAGUACCCGGAGUGGGGCAGCUGGGGCGGGAGGUACACGAGUAACCCACUCGAUGGCGAUGCAGCUGCGCAGCAGUACGGCGAUGCUGUGGAUAUGGCACAAGGUGUGAACGGCGAGAUGUUCCUUACGAACCACGCGUCAGUGUGGAGGUGGCGCGGUGCGUUCCAGCACGAGUUUGCUGCUAGAAUGCAGUGGACGCUCAGCCCUUGGAGUCCUGGUUCUAACACCACGCAUCCACCCGUGGUGUUGCUGAAUGGAACGUCUGGCCCGGAUGCGUUGCAUCUCAACGUCAGUGGUGGGGAAAACAUGACGCUAGAUGCUUCGGAUUCGUACUCGCCGGACAUGGGCGCUCGUCUUAAUUUCACCUGGUUCCAAUACUCGGGUCCGUCUUCAUACCAAUCCUCGCCGAGCGAUGUCCCCACGGUCAACUUGACAGAUGUCUCAGGGCCGGAUGCGAGCGUCGUGCAUUUCACAGUGCCCCCUAUAGUCAAGAAGAAAAACGCUGAAAAAAUUGUGUAC